AUGUCUCGAGAGGCUUCGAAUCUGUCGCAAGCGGGCUCAGAGAAAGGAGAAAAACAAGACAAGGAGAUAAUCCAAGAAAAAGCUGCCGACAAGAGUCCUGAAAAACCAGAAAGCGUCAUGGAUAAGGUGAAGAGACUGCAGGAGUCGGCAUCGCCUAUGACACCGUUGUCUCCCACUCAUAAUACUACCAUUCCACCUGGAAUGGAUGAAGGAACUGAGCAGGAAUACCUUAGACUUCAAGUUAAAGAUCUGUCUGAAAAAUUGGAGACGUUAAGGUUGAAACGUAAAGAAGAUCACGGCAAGCUUGUCGAUUACGAGCGCAGCAAAAUUCAGCUCCAAGCGUUGAUGGAACUGAAAUCAAAAAUGGCAGAUCAACUUCUCGAUCUGCAAGCGACAACUUCAAGAAGCAAGAAAGCUCUCGAAAGCCGAGAAUGGAAGGAAGCGAAUCAGGACGAGCUGAGUUCGGCGGCUGAGCAGCUUGAAAUGGCUACGAUUGACAAGGAGAUGGCUGAAGAAAGAGCCGAAGCACUUCAGUCUGAGCUGGAUUCUUUAAAACUUCGGAACGAAGAACUCGAAGCGGAUCUCGAAAUUCUUCGUGAAGAAAUGGCAGCUGGUGGUGGUGGCCUUAUCAGCGAAGGAAAUAGUGUGCAGCUAAAGCAGCUGGAAAUGCAAAACGAAAGACUGAAAGAGGCACUCAUCAAGUUACGUGAUAUCAAUGCUGCCGCCCAAGCCGAAAAGCAAGCAGCAGUACGAGAAGCGGAAGUCCUUAGAACGGAAAACGUUCGAGCUUGUGAGAGCCGCCGAAAUUGCAAGAAAAACAGCGCUUGA